GAAAUAAAAUGGAGAAUUUUGUGUGAUUGUUGUUUUGCACAACAUAAAUCUCGCGUGCGGGUUGUCAAAAGUUUGUAUAUUUCGUUUGGUUAAAACCGGUGAAAAAAUGCGCUAAAGUGACCCGGAAUCCAGCCGGAAGGUGAGGGAUUUAGUGUGGACAUGAACGAAUUUGUGAUCCGCGGGUAAUCGCCAUAUGAAAAAGUGCUUUUCUUUCUCAAGAAGGUGAAUUUGGGCCGUCUUUCGAUUUUUGCCUACCUACAAGAGGCUUGUGCUGGUCUGCUGCUGCUGCUGUCGCAUUUGGUGCGGGAGUGGAACGCGACUCGAGGAUAAUCCGGAAAUAUUGUUCUACGUGCUGCGAGGAAAAUAUUUUAUUGCAAAGCAUUACAUCAUACUGGAUGUGGCAUUCUCGCGAAUAUUGUGUUUUCAAGGAAAUAUCGGAAUCGGCGCAAAAGUUCAUAAUGCAUCUGCUGUAGCAGACUCAAUUAGCUUUUUGGCGGUGGAGUGAGAGUUCGAAUCUAACUUGACGGCUCCGCGCAGUGGUGGGCAAGGGGGCUAGAGUGAGUGAGUAAGAAGAAGAAUGCUUAUUUCGGUUUAAAAAUGUAUGUAAAAUGUAUGGAAGACAUAAACUGUUUAUUUUGAUUGAGUGAUACGAUAUAACAAUGAUGAAGAAAAGUUUAUUUCGUUAAAGUAAAUUUACAAACUCCAAAGCCGUACUCUGAAGUGGGGGAAAAUAAGUCAAAAUCAUAACAACGAAUAGUCAGUGCUUCGUUUGGUGGAUGGGCAGUGGAUUUUGACAGACCGCGGACCAGAAUGAAGGAGAUGGUCGGUGGUUGCUGCGUAUGCUCCGAUGAUCGGGGAUGGUCGGAGAAUCCUCUGGUCUAUUGUGAUGGUCAAAGUUGUGCGGUAGCUGUGCACCAGGCGUGCUACGGUAUUGUGACAGUCCCGAGUGGACCGUGGUACUGUCGGAAGUGUGAAAGUCAAGAACGUUCGGCCCGGGUCCGGUGUGAGCUGUGUCCGUCCCGAGAUGGGGCCCUCAAGCGAACGGAUAAUUUAGGUUGGGCCCAUGUGGUCUGUGCAUUGUACAUUCCGGAGGUGCGCUUCGGAAACGUGACCACGAUGGAGCCCAUCAUUCUGCAGUUGAUUCCACAGGAACGGUAUAACAAAACAUGCUACAUUUGUCAAGAAAUGGGAAAAGGAUCCCGAUCGACGGCGGGUGCUUGUAUGCAGUGCAACAAAUCAGGAUGCAAGCAACAGUUUCAUGUAACGUGCGCCCAGCAGCUGGGACUACUUUGCGAAGAGGCAGGGAACUACUUAGAUAACGUCAAAUACUGCGGGUACUGUCAACAUCAUUACAGCAAAUUGAAAAAAGGCGGCAACGUCAAAACGAUUCCACCAUACAAACCAAUCAGCCACGAAACCAACUCCAGCGAUGGGCCAUCAUCUCCUGAAAAGGAGCUUGAUCCUGCCCCCACACAGCCCCAUCCGGGUGGUAGUAAUAUGAGUGUUAGUGGGAACAGCGGUAUGAAGUCCAAUAAUCGCAUACCGGAGCCCCCGGGAAGCACUUCUUCUGCUACAUCCUCAUCAUCCAAGCAACGGAAGUCGUCCAGUGCUUCGAAGAGCUCCGGUAACGCAAUCUCCACAUCAGCAUCCUCAACCUCCUCCAUCGUUAGCAGUGUCAGUGGGAAUAUCAACAUGGUCAGUCAAUCAGGCAAUCCUGUUGGGACCGCAGGAAUCUCUAGUGUAACCUCUGGAACCCCAAGCAACAGUAUCUUGGGAGGAGUACCCACCGGGAAAACAAGUUCGUCCUCCUCUAGCAGCAGCAGCAAUAAGGAUAAAGAUAAAUAUAGCAAAAAUGUAAAUAAAGUAUCCAGUACAAACAAAAGUCACGACAAAGAACCAUCCUCAUCCACGUCAUCAUCCUCUUCGUCGCAAAGGGACAAAAGCUCCAAGUCAUCGAAAUCCAGUGGCGUAAUUGGGAGCACUGGAAGCAGCAGCAGUACACCUGGUCUCGUAUCAUCAGUUAGCAACACGACUGGCUCUAGCUCCAUCCUUGCAGGAUCUCUCCCAAAAGACCUCGACUUUGCAACACUAGCAGCGGCCAAUGCAUCAGCACCACCAAUGCCAUCUAGUUUAGUCAAGCAGCAAGACAUCGCAACCAGUAGACCGGAGAAAACGUUAGCUCAAAUUUCCUCAGCCGCCGCCACUACAGCUCGUACAGCAUCCCUUUCGCCUGCUGACAUUCCCACGACACUCAUCAUCAAACCCCCUCAUGAUCAUACGGGUAACAACAAGGAUCUUCUGUCGAAGGAAGCUAUCGCCAAGUUUACGACGUCUAAUUUCACCGAAACCAUUGUCGUGAAUUCAGACUCGGUGUUCGGAAAUACCAAUACCGCAAGCAACAAUCCCGGCAUCGGUGCUGCGACCGUUGGCGCUAGCGGUGCAGCUCCUGCCAACGUGCCGAGCAAUACGGGAUCAACCGUUGGACCGACGUCAGUGAUCGAAACGGGAAUGGGUAAUCCUGUCAACAAACUCAACGCGGCCGGAGGAGUUAGCUCUUUUCCCAGUACCGGAUCCAGCAUCGCCAAGAAAAGAAAAGCCGAUGCCAGAUCUACGCCAACCUCGUUAUCCAACCUUGAUAUCGACAUUAACCGUGACUUGAUCAAGGAUGUUGCCGUUUCGCUUGUGCCAUUACCACUGAACAAGAGCGAUAACAUAGAUCCUGCCGCGCUGAGUGGCAUCGAGAAAAAUAUCAAAAAGAUAAAGUGCCCUGCAAGAGUGGUUAAACGGAAGGAAAAAAAACCUAGAAAGAAAGGGAGGAAUAACUCCAAGGCUAAAACGGAACCAAGUUCUCCUCAUAAUCCAACCGGUGACCCGAACAUCCAAAACGUGAGUCCGAACCUGAUUCAGUCUCACACGUCGAACAUAGUCUCGUCUGCUAUCAAACACCAACAGCAGCCGAAUUCACCACAGCUUCAACAGCAUCAGCAAUCCCCACAGCAGCAGCAACAACAGCAAGGCCAGCAACAUACCCCUAGCCUUGUGGUGUCCGUUCCCUUAUCGACAGCUACCGUACCUGGUGUAAAUUUACCUGCCAAUAAUAGUGGUGGAGGUGGUGGUGGUAGUAGUAGCGCUAGCUCAACCAGUGCAAGUAAUAAUGCUCCCAACAGUAGUAGCGGUAACACAUCGACCAUCGUGUCGCCGGGUCAGAUGCCGUCGGGAUCUAGCCUGUACCAACAGCUAACACAGCGAACUAGCGAUCAAAUAAUGAAUGUAGCCGCAAAUAGGGCGAGUCCAGUGAUACAACAGCAGUCGUCCAGCGCGUCGUCAAGUCACGUCAUACAGAACCCUGCCCAUUCGAUUUUGGAACGGCAGUCACCGUCGAUGAGACUGUCACCUGCUAUCAUCUCCAGUGCUGGAUCGCAGCACCUAUUGGGGCCGCAGACGCAACAUACCUUCUCGGGCGGUGGGCUCGAACUGAUCGCCAGCAGUACCAUCUCGUCCAAUGUGUCCGUACUACAAAGUGUUUCACCCGUGCCGAUGAGUGCCAUACAGAGUACCUCGUCGUCGCCAAUCAUCCCGGGAGGUGGCGACGGUGGUCUGAAGAUUUCCUUCGAAAAGCAAGUAUCGGUGUCGCGGAUAACGGCCCUCCAAGAGGAGGAUCUUACCGGAAGGAGAUCGAGAUCACAAUCAAGAGAUCGUGGUAGUGGUACCGGAAACGGAGGCAGCGCUGGUGGUGGUAAAACACGUACAUCCAAGAAACGCUCCAUGCAACAACAACAACAACGUUCUCCACCUUCGACCGCCACUGGCUCAUCGACCAAUUCCGCUUCCAACACCGCCAACAGUGCAAAAUAUGCCAAUGAAUCCGCCACCAACAGCACCACCAACCCUAGCUCGACGCCUAGCAAUAGUUACAACAGUAGCCUCCCAAACGCUAAUAACAAUAACCAGCUUAAUUUGACUUCUAACAGUAGUGCAAGUAAUGCUAGUCAUACUAACUCGGCCAAUGGUAUUAGUAGUAACAGUUUCCUGCCGACGUCGAUCAUCGGAUCGGCAAUCCAACCUCACGCGGAGAAGUUGUCACAAAACACCCUUUCUGCUUCAUCCUCGAAAAGCACUGCUUCCAAUUCUUCAUCUAUUACGACUCCCAUUAUCACUUCCGCUGUUUCCGGUACACAUGUCAUUGAAACGGUUGGCAUGGUGUCUGCCUCUAAUUUUCAAAGCAACCACCCUACUACCGGCGGUCAAUCACUACCCCAUUUGGCAACAGGUGGCGGCAUCGGUACCGGUAAUAGCAACCACCUCGGCAACAGCAAUAGUAGUAGUAUAACUGCCGGCACCAGCACCGACCACGGUCACGGCACUCCCAGUAGCAAUAACACCAGUAGUAACAGUAACAGUAAUAACGCUGUGGUGGUGACGCACGCCAGCAAAAAGCUAAGAUCGUCGCAACCCUCGGCUGAAACACCCUCGCCAUCUACUUCCAGAACGCCGGACAAUAGUUUUGGUUCCAGCUCUUCGUUCAGUACCGGUGGGCUUAAGUUUUCCUAUGAGGCACAGCCUGGAACCAAUCCGACAACCAUUGGCGCAACGUCGACCAUUAUCACCCCUCAGCCUAUGGUAAAAGAAUCUCCCCCUAGUUCUCCGGGCUCCGAUUCGGGUAUGGCACGAGGUAGUAAACGGAAUAGAAAACUGUCCACCAACUCAAAUGCAGCUCUUGGAGCUCCUGACGCCAAGGAAAGCAAACUAUUUCAGAAUGGUGUUGUUCACGCUACCCACAUGUUGGGUAAUCAACUGAAUCCCAACAGCAGCGUGGCGCAGAAGAUGUCCGAUCAGUUGAGCAUGGAGCUUGAAGCACAUUCGUUCGUCGAAGCGGCUCCUCAAAUCGUGGGCCCUCCAUUCCCAGGAAAAAGUCAAGCGGCGAGAAGUAAUGCAAGCGCACCUGUCACCAGUGGACCUUCGUUAAGCUCGAUGCUCGCUGGGGGAGGCACAGCUACUGCCAAUGGCAACACCCCCCAGAGCCUGGAACAGCUGCUGGAACGGCAAUGGGAGCAAGGAUCUCAAUUUCUAAUGGAACAAGCUCAACAUUUUGACAUUGCGUCACUGUUAUCCUGCUUACAUCAGCUUCGAAGUGAAAACAUCCGACUAGAGGAGCACGUUAACAAUUUGGUAGCAAGACGGGACCACCUGCUGGCAGUGAAUGCCCGUUUAGCUAUCCCGUUGAAUCCCACGGCCAUGGGUGGAAUCGGCAUUGUCGGUGGUGGCGGAAGUGGCAGUAGUGGUGGUGGAGGAGCAGGCCCCGGUAGCGCAGGAGGACCCGGUUCUACGGGUGGAAGUGGACUUGGUGCGACUGGAUCUCAAGGUCAAUUCAAUAACAUGCACGGCAAUGGACCCCAUGAUUCCGCUGGAAGCAACUUAUCUAAUCCCUCCGUUACGAGUAGGAGUAGUCGAAUUCAGCAACAUCAAUCUCAACAGCAACAGUCACAAUCCCUGUUUAGCAGUAACACAAGCAACCAAAUACCGUUGGAAAAUGGUAUAGAUUUUCGGCAUUCAAAUUCCUCCCACCAAAACACCUCAAGUUCUUCAAUCAGACAUCAUUCUCCAUCGAACCAAUCUUGUCCACCACCUUCGAACUCAUCAAGUCGUCAACCAUCGUCAUCAUCCAGUAGUGCCAUAUCGUCGGAACAACCUGCCCAACAUUCCCGUUCAAAUCGAGGGGUUAAUAGUAGCAGUGCCAAUAACUCUCUGUCUGCGGCUGGCGCAAGCGGUGGUAACAAUCCCCCAUCGUCAUCAGCUUAUCAGGCGCAGCAACAAACAAUUUACAACACCGCCCAUCAGAUUCCACUUCUGUUGGAGCACCACCAACAGGAGCACCAUUCCCAACAGCAGCUGCAGUCGCAAGCGCAGCCGCAACCAGCGCAUCACCUACGGCAAACACCUCCAACCGUCUCGUCACGUUCUCACCAGUCCCACUCGGCACGUGCAGCAGGCGGCAAUCCAUCUUCCUCGUCACAUUCCCACCAUCCUGGUCCACUAUCCCAUCACCACCAAGCGUUGAGUUCCGCACCGUCGUCCCAUGCACAGCCACCACCAUCACAGCAGCAACCGCUUCCUCAACGGCAGCGGCAUUAGGUCAGUUUUUAGUAAGCCUCGAGUAGGAUCUCACGGUGAAGGACACAAAGCAUUGCACCCUUAUUUAAGUACAAAUUCACCUAACGGCAUCUGAAGGAACACUGCUAAGGACGCAAGAUAUUAGAUUUAUAGUACUUCUUGAAACAAAACAGAACAGACAUAAUACUGUUUCUCUGCACAUCUGGCACCAUCAAUCGGGUGCAUGCCAAAAUUAAAGACUAUUGCAUUGCAACACGCACACGCAAAACCACAAGUUUGCCCUACAUUUUUGGAAAGUACAUAAAUGUGUUUCACGUUUGAAUUCUUGGAGGUUUGCGAUAGAUGGUUUUGCAUUUCAUUCUUUUUUUAGAUGUAUACUUCAAAGAACUUUUUUCCCAUCGGUCUUGAACGACCCAUGAGAAGAUUAAUGAAACACCUUGGAAGUGUCUAAGGUGGAAAAUGGGCAUCAAGCAAGACUGUUCAAAACUAUUCUAAUAACUGCAAUGACGAAAUUCAUUCAGCACUUAUUUUGAUUGGAUGGCAUAAGUUAUUUCAAUAUAUUGUAUAUAUUAUCUGUCUCAUCUGAGUUCAACAUUUUAAUGAAUGGAAAAAAAUAUCACUUCUACAACAACUGCAGCAUAGGGCAAUGAAAAAAUGUUUUACGUGAGCUUGUUUGUUAAAGCCAAAAACGUUUCCAACCACGCCCAGAUGAUGAAAGGUGGACUGCGUUAGUCUACACCAUUUGAAUCCUCGUGUUUUUAGUUUAGCUCGUCUCUAGCUACUCCUGGAUUGACCAGAAUCAUUAAAAUAUCACAAUGAUUCAACUGAAUGGUUGGCUUGGAUUGGUCGUAGUGUACAAGUUACAGUGCUUCACGAUAUUGUUAAUCAAAUAGAUAUUUUUGUGAAAUCCCAAAAUACCCAUAUGUUUAGAGAUAUCAAGCAUAAUUUUUUAAAAUGACUUGUCUAACAAUUAUCAAAAUUCGAGAAAUCCUUUGGAGAAAGUUGGCAAACGUUUGCCUUGAACGGUUUCAAACCAAUUUAGGGGCAGUAGGGGCAAUAUGAACAUACGGGGCAAUAUGAGCCACCCUCAUUUUGAGCUUAUUGACAAGGUUUAGCAUGUAAAAGUUAUAUGAUCUUUAAGAGGAUGCUACACAUAUGCAUCAACGUGAAAACCGCAUUAAAAUUCAAUUCAAACAUGAAAAUACACUUGAAAAUGUAAAUUUUCGCUGCAUAGGCAAAAUUAUUAUAAGAUUUAAAGUUUAUAAAUAAGGUUUUGACACAAAACUGAUUAAAAUACAGGUCAAAAAUACACCACAAUCAAAAGAUAUAUUAAAAUUGAAUAUUGUUCACACAUGUUUGUAUUGAUACAAAUCUGAAUUUAUCAUAAAACUUUUUUUUUCCAAAACCAGUCUCUAUGGGGCAAUAUGGGCAUACCUGCACAGAGCAAGAUAUCAGGCCUUAAAAUACGAACAAGUUCAAAUUUCAGUAGUCAAAUACAAGAAUAUUAUCAUAUAUGUAAGAUUCAUUACGGAAAAAUUACAACAGCGCAUUACUGCGAUUGAAACAGAAAAAAUGACCAUUGGCCAAUUGAAAUGUGGCUGUUCAAACGGUGAAGAGUGGAAAAUCGGUUCAGUCCGCUGUUGUGCGGUUUUUUAAUUUUAUUUGGUAUGGAAUACUCACAACUGUUGUAGGAAUAUCAUAUUCUUCCAUAUUGCGAUACUUUUUUCGCCUAAAUAAACGUUUUGGAUGGGUGGCCCAUACUGCCCCAAAUGGUGGCUCAUAUUGCCCCGUAUAGUCGGGAACACACAUUGAAAUCAAUACAUUUUCAAAAGUGCAUUCCAAAAAUUUCCAAACGCAUUUUUCGUCAUUCAUCGACGUUAUAUGAAAGGGAACAUUCUCUAGUAUAAGUCAACUACAUUUGAACGAUGUUUUUUUGAGCUUUUCAGCGCUUUUCGGAACGAUUUCCUUAGGUGGCCCAUAUUGCCCCGAUCACCCCUAAUAGUUUUUUUUCCACUGGCAUGCAUAAAUGCAUGACACGUAAUUCACGUGUUUCACAUCAUAGCUCAAUCCACUCAAAUUUCCUGUGAAAAAUGAAUAAAUUACACAUUCGCCGCUAUGCUGAUCGGUAUUUGUCAGUGCAUGUUUGACGAAACUGCAGUUUUGUUUUGUUUUGAAUUUGUGUUACAAAAGUCCUCAGCAUAAGUCGCCCUAAUUUCCAAUAUGUAUAAGCGACGUAUGUAAAAGUGAGGCUUCAAAAAUUGAAAUCUGAAAUCAAUAAAAUUGAAUGAGUAUUAUUAUAUAGAGUCGUGUAAAAUUGUCAUGUUAUAUUAAACACCUUGUUUUGUUUGCUUUUGUACAUAGGUCAGAAAGAAAAGAUGUGCUUGAUAUCUAUAUUUAUUUUUACAUACCGAAAGUCAUUCAUUUCUGAGUUUAAAAAUGACAUCAAACGUCGAUUUGCGGUUUCUACGUCCAAAGCUUCAUUAUGUUUAUAAUAGGGAAGUAUGCAUAUUUAAUUACAAAACGAAUAAUUUCCAACAUCUACUCGUCAAGCCAAAGGUAGGCACUUGUAAUAUCUAAAAAAAGAUCAAACGCUGAUUGAAUAAUUGGCACGUUUUAACCCAAGCAGAGAAUAACGUGGAAUAACUCUGUAAUAAAACAUGCGUGUAAUGGUUGCAUAUGUACAAUUGUACAUACAUAACAUACAUAUAAAUAUUUUAGAUUUAGAGUUGAGACAUAAAUUACGCAUAAUAUAGAUUGAAAAAUGACAAAAAAAUAACUUAUUCUAAUGUAAUGCAAACAAUUUUUAAAAGGCAACAGUAGUAGGAAAAUUUGUAAGUUCCAACAGUAAUUUACUAAGUUCACUUAGUUUUGUUAUAUUUUAAGCAGUUUUCUUAUUUCUAAAACUUUUUGCAUUUACAAAAUAAAUGUUAUUUUUAUGACAAAUGUUCCAUAUAGUGCAAUCCAUCAUUAUUUUCGUUAAAUCACGUUUGUACAAAAUAAAUACACAAAAUAAACGUACAGCACUCAGGUGGAAGAAGAAGCAUCGUUCACUGCAAGCAUAACUCUCCCAUAUUGAUGUGAAAUCCAUAUCAAUACGGAACAGUAAUGCUUGUGGCGGCAGCCUAGUUGAAGAUUGGAAUUAAAGGCAUUCGUAACAAUCGAUAGAAGUUUAAAAUACUAAUAGUGAGUUAUUCUAUCACAUGAAACAUAAAAAUAAUCAGUAGGGGAAAGUGAAAAAUUGAAAUGACUAUUGGAGAAUCAAGCACAUGCAAGUAUUGACAAGAAAGCACCGUAUAAUCCUUAUCUAAAAAAGUGAAAUAAAACUACUUCAAAUAGCA